AUGUGGUGCAUUCCUGACUUGGCAAAAGAUGCAGACGGUAUUAACCCUCCUAUGUGGAAUGGAACAGUUUUCAAACCACCAGACUGUGCAGCAAACAACACAUGUCCUUAUGGACUGAUGAAUUAUUUCCAGAUCAUGGAAAUGGAAUCUUUCUGGGGACCUUUGAUCACUGCAGGAAUCUUUGCAGCCACUCUCAGUUCAGCUCUCGCAAGUCUUGUCAGCGCUCCCAAAGUAUUUCAGGCUGUAUGCAAGGACAGGUUGUUUCCGAAAAUAGGGUAUUUCGCCAAAGGGUAUGGAAAAAAUGAAGAACCAAGGCGAGCCUAUGCUCUGACGUUCAUAAUAGCCAUGGCAAUGAUAGGAAUAGGCGACCUCAAUGCAAUUGCUCCGAUUAUUUCCAACUUUUUCUUGGCUUCGUAUGCACUUAUAAAUUAUGCGUGUUUUGAUGCAUCAUUUGCCGACUCUCCAGGUUUUCGUCCCGGCUUUAAGUACUACAACAUGUGGGUAUCCCUCGGUGGUGCACUUCUUUGCAUCGUGGUCAUGUUCAUUAUCAGUUGGGCAACGGCUCUGAUAACUUUCUUCUGUUUUGCUGCUUUAUUUAUGUACAUAUUACAUCGUAAACCAGAUGUUAACUGGGGAUCCUCUACGCAAGCGCACAGCUACAAAAAUGCUCUAGCAGGAAUGAUCAAAUUAGCAAAUACUGAAGAGCAUGUAAAAAAUUACAGACCUCAAAUAUUGGUAUUGUGUGGAAAUGCAGCAUCAAGACCGUCUCUCGUUGACUUUGCCAACAAUAUCACGAAAGGGACGUCGUUGCUGAUCUGUGGAUAUGUGGUUCCGUACAAUCCGUCAGAUCGAGUCUAUUCUGUGAUGAGGAAGCUAGAGCGUCAGCUGACUGAGUGGCUACGGAAACGGCGAGUCAAGGCGUUCUACGUUUCGGUUGCAAACGCUAGCCUUCGAGCAGGAUCUCAAUCUCUCCUGCAGGUUUGUGGACUUGGAAAACUACGCCCCAAUAUAAUACUGAUCGGCUUCAAGACGAACUGGUACCGCGGAGGGCCAACCCCCACCACGAUGAGCGAGCUGAAUGAGUACUUUGGAACGAUUCAAGAUGCAUUCGACAGCAAUAUGGCAAUGUGUGUGCUACGAAACGGAGAGAUGGGACUCGAUUUUAGUGAAGCUAUGAGACUUUUGAAUGUAGGCGAGCCGAAGCGCCUCGAUAUCAAUCUCGAUGAAAAGGAGAUUGACAAGGAGGGACAGGAAUCGCCUUCCCGUCCUUCUGUAAACGAU